AAAAUAAUUGGAGACUAUACGGAGAGUUCACCAGCUGUAUAUUUGAAGAGAAACAUCGACACUAGAAGAAAACAAACACAGCCAGAAGGGAAGUGACCCGAAUUCAAGGAAUAGUGAAGUCGGGCAGAUGUCUGGAUUCAAUGAUCGAAGGGGAACUAACCCCAAUUUUGGUUUCUCGACAAUGUCGGAAGAAUACCGGCUGGACAAAGAAGAAUUAACUGCCCGUUACCGAGAUAUACUUAACUCGACCCAGGGCGUUGGGGAGCGUGAAGUCAAGCAGUUGCCUGGUGUCGAUGCUCUAAUGGGAAGUGACCCGAGUUCAGGGAAGCGUGAACUCGAUCAGUUGUCUGGAGUCGUUGCUCCAAAGGGAGGUGACUCGAAUUCAGGGGACAGUGAAGGUGAGCAGUUGUCUGGAGUCGAUGCUUCAAAGGGAAGUGACCCGAGUUUAGGGAAGAGUGAAGUCGAGCAGUUGUCUGGAGUCGAUGCACUAAAGGGAAGUGACCCGAAUUCAGGGGACAGUGAAGGUGAGCAGUUGUCUGGAGUCGAUGCUUCAAAGGGAGGUGACCCGAGUUCAGGUAAGCGUGAAGUCGAGCAGUUGUCUGGAGUCGAUGCUCCAAAGGGAAGUGACCCGAAUUCAGGGGACAGUGAAGGUAACGGGGGCUUGUCUGAGGACCAUGGUGCAAAUGGAUGUGACCCGUUUUUCAAAGAUGCUUUUGGAAUAGUUGUUGAAAAAAGUACAGAGCAGUAUUUUGGACGCCCUGCUCCAGUGGGAAGUGACCCGAUUUACCCUUUCCCGACGCAGUCGCCAUCAAUUGAUAUUAGCUUCGGCGGCUUUCAAGGGAACAGUGAAGUCGAGCAGUUGUCUGGAGUCGUUGCUCUAAAGGGAAGUGACCUGGUUUGUGAAGUCGGGCAGUUGUCUGGAGUCGAUGCAUCAAAGGGAAGUGACCUGAAUUCAGGGAAGAGUGAAGUCGAGCGGUUGUCUGGAGUCGAUGCUUCAAAGGGAAGUGACCUGAAUUCAGGGAAGAGAGAAAUCGAGCAGUUGUCUGGAGUCGAUGCAUCAAAGGGAAUUGACCUAAAUUCAGGGAAGCGUGAAGUCGAGCGGUUGUCUGGAGUCGAUGCUUCAAAGGGAAGUGACCUGAAUUCAGGGAAGAGAGAAAUCGAGCAGUUGUCUGGUGUCGAUGCAUCAAAGGGAAUUGACCUAAAUUCAGGGAAGGGUGAAGUCGAGCGGUUGUCUGGAGUCGAUGCUUCAAAGGGAAGUGACCUGAAUUCAGGGAAGAGAGAAAUCGAGCAGUUGUCUGAUGUCCAUGCAUCAAAGGGAAGUGACCUGAAUUCAGGGAAGAGUGAAGUCGGGCAGUUGUCUGGAGUCGAUGCUCCAAAGGGACACUCGGCUCAGGGCGUUGGUAACUCGGAAGUUGUGCACUUGUCUAGAGUCGAUGGUGCAGAAAGAAGUGGAGUACAUGAUGAUAAAUUACAUGUAAUUGUUCGCAAAGAUGACUUUUGGAAUGUUGUUGGAGGGAGAAAGAUGCGCAGCAUAAAUGUAACAGGCAGGGAAUCAAAUCCACUGACAUCAUAUGCGACAGUUACAGCAAUUGAAAAGAACCCACAGGAAAAAAGAGAGAAACACAACCAGAAAGAACUUGACUUCUCCAAACCAGGUGACUUGUUGGAGUUUGAGCGAGGAGUGUACAGUCACUGGGCUGUGUAUAUCGGUAAAGAAGAAGUCGUGCACUUGUCUGGAGUCGAUGGUGCAGGUGGAAGUGACCUGAAGCACCCUUGUACAAUAUCUGGAGUAAAGUCUGAUAAAGGAAUCGUUCGCAAAGACAAUUUUUGGACAGUAGCUGAAGAGAGCAAAGCGAAAAAAAACAACUCAAAGGAUUCGGAAUUACACCACUUGGAACCAUCUAGGAUAGUACAAAGAGCAUUAUCCGAAGUUGGAAAAGUUGGCUAUAACUUGCUCUAUAAGAACUGUGAACACUUUGCUAAAUGGUGCCGGUAUGGCAAAGAAGAAAGUGAUCAGGCCAAGGUUCUGUGUAAUGCAGUAGCUAUGGUUGUUGGGAGCGCCGCUGUGGUAGUAGCAGGGGUAGCAUUGACUGCCUGGUUUUCCUGAAGUGGCGGAAAGGAGGAAAGAGAAAAACGGUCCAAAAACUAACAAGUUCAAUUCCCACCAUAAAAUGGUGAAACCAAAUAAAUCGGUCAAGGAAACUGUGGAGUGUUCGACGAAUGCCCCAUAUUUGAUCACAAAGCGGUUUACUGGAUUCCACAACAUUCCUCACCAACUUGUACCAUUCCGUUACAAGCCUAAUAUUCAUGCCUGAGUCAUGCUCCUGUUCAUUCAGCCUUUCGAAGCAUUCCAUAUCAGCAGUUCCGGGACACGUCUUUGGAUACUCGCGUCCCUCACAAAAGAUUCCAUCAUGUAGUAUGAACUUGUGAAGGCUGGGAAACAAGAACGCGAGCUCUUAUUCCAUCUCCGUCUUAAAGCAGUUUUACUAUGUAAGCUCCUACAACAUCUGCUUAAUUUAUACAACCACAUUGGAUGAACAAUAUAUAUUAAGAAUGCUGUUUGUAUUCCGAGACAGACUUUUGAGAUCUAGCUACCUUUUGUUUUAAUAGGCGACUUUAACGAAUCGGGUGAUCAAAAUCGGUUCCUUUGCUUAUUUCUUGCCUUCAUACUCUUAUGGUAUAAAAAGUGUUCACAAU